AUAUUUCUGCACGUGACAACGCGCUGGCUUCUCUCGCGAGUUGCUUCUCUUCUCUUCUCCGUUCCUCGAUGGGUCCGGCGCCUCCAACCCGACGUGAAUGCCUGUUGCUGCUCGUCCUUCUAGUUGCAGUCCUCUCCCUAUCUAGUUCUCGCUCCCCCAAACCCCUUCUCGCCCCUUCGACUAUCCCCCUUUCAACUACCGAAGUCGUUGAUACGUUGCAAGAAAAGAAUCCGCUCGUUUACGACACUCGUUUAUCGUGGGGGAAGGGACCGGUGCCCGAAUCCAAGGUCUUAUCCCAUGCGCCAGGAUGGACCAUCAUCGACAAGAUGUACAUCUUCAAAGGCAUCGUGUAUGUCGUGUCCGAUGACCCCAAUACUGUUCCCAACAAGGAAGACAUGUAUUCCAAAGGGAUAGAGAUUUUUCCAGGCAAAGAAGCGGAGGACUCGCGUUUGCCUGACGAAACAGACCUCCGAAUUAUCACCAGGGCGGAAGCAAAGUCCCUCUUCGGGACGGGUGCCGGAAUCGUCGACGGUGUCACGUUCUUCGUGAACGACCAUCCUCAAUUCAUCCGUCACUACUACCAUUGGUCGGCUGAACUGUACUUUGGCUUCUGGCGGACGUAUUCCUCGCUUGACCCUUCCAUAUCGCCUGACGGCCGGACGACGCUCCCUCAACCACGGCAUAUGUGGUUCAAUCGUCUGGACGCCUUCCGGUGGCGCGACCCGACAGACAUGAAUCCGCUUGUCCUCCGGUCCUCGUUCCCGGAUGUGACCAUGGAGUUCCUUGACGAUUGGGACGACCGCGUCAAGAUGGGCGUUCCGUUUGUUUUUGAGCGCGUCGUGCUGGCCGAUCGGUCGUCGGCGAUGAGAGCGUACAACUUCCAGCGCUAUCAGCGCACAGCCGGCGUUCCUUUCGCUUUGCCUGGCAGCGUCAAUUGGUGGCAGACCAUACGUAACGAUGUCAUCCAGAUGGCGGGCAUGGGUCUUCACGAAGGACAGUCAACCACGCAGCGACCGGUCAUCACUUAUAUCUCGCGGCAAGCCUGGGGUCGUCGAACUUUGCUGCAGGCGGAUCACGAAAAGCUAGUGCGAGAACUGUAUCGUCUGCGCGACGAACAUGAUUGGGAGGUCAACAUCGUGUUGAUGGAGAAGAUGAGCAGGGCAGAGCAGAUUAGACUCGCUGUGCGAACAACAAUCAUGAUGGGCGUCCACGGGAACGGUCUCACUAAUCUUAUCUGGCAAUACCCGACAGAGCGUACCACGGUCAUGGAAUUCUUCUACCCGGGUGGAUUUGCGCACGAUUACGAGUUCACCGCUCGAGCCUUGGGUAUCAAGCAUUACGGGUUCUGGGGCUCUGCCUCCUUCACCAGUCCCGAUUUGCCUCUGAAUGCCUAUCCUGAAGGGUUCCAAGGAAACUCCAUCCCCCUAGAUGCCUCUGCUGUGGGCCGGCUUUGCCAUGACAGGCUGACACUGUCGCUCGAGGUCGAUGACUGAAGGCAUCGCCUUAUUUGCUGUAGAUAGCCAUACUCCGGACACGCAUAAUGUACAAUACACACUGCAAUUACUUAGAAUCAGAGCAUUUGGGACAUUGGAACAUUGGAACAACUCGGCGUAAGGAAUGACAAGUACAAAGUAAUAGCAAUGGCAAAAAAACAAGGCAAGAUCGAUACAAACGAGAUUAGUCUGGGUAUGCAAGUUCGGUUGGGCUACAAUCUUCAUCUGGCGUCUCCACGGUGGCCACAAUCACUUGGGCAGCUUUUGAAAGGACAACUAGCGGAGCGAGUGUGCUGUCUCUGGACGUCGUCCCACUGUCAUCGCGGGGAAAUCGUCGUUGCCAGUGCCAUAGGAUCUUGACACAGGGUCGAGAAAUACGGACAUGCGGGACAGAACGAUUCGUCGGAAACUCCGGAGAGUGCUGGAUGUUGGGAGGUGGAAUCAAGUCGUGACCGGUCUCGGCCACUAGCUCUGCGCACUCCAGAGUUUCCAGCCGCGCCAAAGCUUCGUCGAAAUAUCGGCCCAACUCCUUCCUGUCGUCUGACCACUGAGGUGUUUCCGCUAGUAGCUCAUCAUCCUCAUGGAAACUUGAAUCCGGAUCACUAAAUAGGAGAGGUCGAGUCGGAGAGUCGGACCGCGCAUGAGGUGAAUUGUCCCGUGUCUCUGAGAUGGUCGCUGUCAGCUCGGCAUCAGCAACGACAAAUGGGGACGUUCGCGUCGCUCCAAUAGGUGAUCCGUUCGUAUAGGAGUGCGAUGCUACCGGCGACGGUUCGAUGAUCUCUACAUCCGAGUCUGGAUCCACAACAUUGACGUGAUCGACGAGGCCAAGUUCAUUCUCGCUAUCGGUUAUCACCAAGACUUCGUCAAAUUGGGAUUGUCGAUCGAGUAU